GAGCAGGGGCGCUCCGGGUCCCGCGCUGGGAAAAAGGAUGGGAGGGCCCCUGGCUGGGGGCUCUGGGAGGGGAGGGCUCCCAGCUGCCCGGAUGCAGAGGCCGCAGUGCAGAGACUGCGACAGUCUGCGCGCUCGCCUGUCGGAUCGUGCGCCCUCCCCCCAGGUCCGGGCGAUGGCGCUGGCGAUGCUGCGGGAUUGGUGCAGGUGGAUGGGCGUGAAGGCUCAGCGCUCUCUGCUCAUCCUGGGCAUCCCGGAUGACUGCGAGGACCAGGAGUUCCUGGAGGACCAGGAGUUCCAGGAGGCCGUGCGGGCAGCCCUGCGGCCCCUGGGCCGGUACCGAGUGCUGGGCAAGGUCUUCAGAAAGGAGCUGGGGUGCCGGGUCGCCUUGGUCGAGUUUGCCGACAGUUUCAACAGAAGUUUGAUCCCCCAGCAAAUACGAGGCCGGGGGGGACCGUGGACUGUGGUCUUCCUGCCCCAGGCUCCUGACUCGGAGUCCCAGGAGAGACCCAAUUCCCCUGCACAGGCCCAGAGACAAGCAGUGGCUGGCGGGGCAGGGGAGGCAGGAGUCCUGGGUGAGGCAGGAGCUUCGGGUGAGGCAGGAGCUGCAGGUGAGGCAGAAGAUGCAGGUGAGGCAGGAGCUGCAGGUGUGGCAGGAGCUGCAGGUGAGGCAGGAGCUGCAGGUGAGGCAGGAGCUCCAGGUGAGACAGAAGAUGCAGGUGAGGCAGGAGCUGCAGAUGCAGCAGGGGCGGAGGCUGAGGCAGGAGCUGCAGGUGAGGCAGGCGCUGCAGGUGCAGCAGGGGCGGAGGCUGAGGCAGGAGCUGAAGAUGAAGCAGGGCUGUCAGAUGAGGAGGGCGCCGCGGGGGACACAGGAGCGGCAGGGGUGGCAGGAUCUUUGAGUAUGGCGGGCGCCGCGGGCGAGGCAGGCGCUCCAGGUGAGGGGGCAGGAGCCAUGGGCUACGAGGAACUGAGAGCCUUCUCUGGGCUGGGAGAGCCAGGCCGCGGGGAAGAGUCCUUCGAGAGCUGGCUGGACCACGCCAACGACAUGCUGUACCUGUGGCGCCACGUGUCCGAGAGGGAGCGGCGGCGGCGGCUGGUGGAGAGCCUGGGCGGCCCCGCGCUGGACCUCCUGUGCGGCCUCCUGGCGCAAGAUGCCGACAUGGCCGCGCAGGACUGCCUGGCCGCGCUGGUGCAGGUGUUUGGGGACCAGGACAGCCCGGUGACCGCGCGGCUCAGGUUCGCGACGUGCGCCCAGCGGCCGCAGGAGACGCUCUUUGCCUACGUGAUGCGCCUGGAAGGCCUGCUGCAGGCGGCCGUGGAGACGGAGGCCAUCCACCCGGCCACGGCCGACCAGGCGCGCGCCCGGCAGGUGCUGAUGCGGGCGCGGCCCAACGACACGCUCCAGACCAAGCUGAGGAGGCUGCGGCUGGAGCGGAGGCCCCCUGGCUUCGUGGGCCUGCUGCGCCUCAUCCGUGAGAGCGAGGCGUGGGAGGCCGAGCCGGCUGCGAGCGAGCAGGGGCACGGGGAGGAAGAGGCCCGCGCGGGCAUCGCAGGCCUGGCCGCCGCCCAGCGCGCCCCGGCCCGUGACGUCGCCGCCCAGGGCACCGCUGCAGAGGGCACCCCGGCCUUCCCGGCCCGGGAAGAUAGCGGCCAGGCUGCCCUUUCCAAGGAAGGUGGCGCCCAGGCGCCCGCAGCCCAGGAAGAGGCCUGUGCCGCAGUUCCCGCCGCCGCCGCCGCCGCCGCCGCCGGGGCUGGCGAGGCCGCCCCUGAAGCCCGAGGUGCUGCCAGCGUGGCCCCUGCCCCUGGGGAGACCAGCCAGGCCUCCCGGGAAGUCGGAAGUGCUCCUGCCCCUGCGGGCCUAGGUCAGGCAGGAUCCUCAGACGCCCCCGGGGCCCCCAUCACUGCCUGGACGGCCAGGGUUUCUCCUGCGGCCCCAGGAGGUCCUGGCUGUGAGCCAGAUGACCUUGACCAGGAGGCCGAGGAGCCCCCCGAGGAGGGGCUCAAACUCAACCCCGAGGAGCCGGGAAACGAGGACGGGGCUUCCGACACCAGCCCCCCCUGAGUCCUUCUCGGGCCAAUAGGCUCAGCAGGCUCCCCGGGGCCCCAGGCGGGGAGGCAGGGGGAGGCCAGGCCAGGCAGCCUCCUGGCCCC